CGUCACCGCGCAGUGAUGUCAGUUAUUUCGUCUGAUCAAACAGCGGCCAUUUUAGCUGAGCCUAAAGAUCCGGGAUUUACGUGUGUUGUUGAUGUAAAAACUACUAAUAUGGACGUUACGGGAGUAAAUAAUGUUCUCAAUGCAAGACCAGAACAGGCAGAAGAUGCCAUCACGCUGGAUGUGGAUGGCGACGACCUCCUGGAAACAGGUAAACAUGUGAAACUUCCAGAUUAUGAGGCAGACAAGGUCUGCGAGGAGCCGGAAGCCUCUGCUGAGACGAGGCAGGUGGCAGACUUGAUGGUCGAAGUAAAGGACAGCCACAAAGAUUGUAAGAGAGACCACAGCCCGAACACUGAUGCAAAGAAGGAUGGCAGGGAGGCCUUGAAGAAAGCUGAAAAGGAUUCUGGGAAGAAAGGCCCCUCUUCUGCUGGGGCAGCAGGUCAAGCAAAGAGUGCCUCUAAAGACAGAGAUGGGAAGAGCACAAAAGAUGAAAAAGCAGGAAACAGCAGAAGCUAUGGCUUGGUAACAAUGUCCUCCAGUGCUGAAGUGGCACGAUGCAUAUCCCAUCUGGACUGCACUGAGCUCCACGGUCAGCAGAUAUCUGUGGACAGAGUUAAAAGUGAUCCUUUUAAGAAAGACUCGAACAAAACAGGAUCCAAUAAAGCAUCCGGGGAGAAGCAAGUUUCUACUGGGCUGAUGACUGCUAGCAAUAACACCCCUCCACUUCUACAGCCACCUCCUCAGCCACCUCUGCAAAGUGAAUACGUGCCCCCCUCCCAAACCCCAUCUCAUGGCCAGGGACACACUGUGCCUACUGCUUCUGCUCCCUCUCUCCCUACCCACUACUUCCCAGGUUCUGCUGCACCCCUGCCACAGCACCUGUUCCUCGAGCACCAGUCACUGCAGCACCACCUCCCUCUGCUAGCCCCCAACGCUGCGCAGAGGCUCCACCGGCAUGACUUUCAGAGGAGGAGAAUGAUGCAGCACCCCACCCGAGCACAUGAAAGACCACCCCCUCACCCUCACAGAAUGCACCUCAACUACGGUCAUCGACACCAUAUUCAUGUCCCCCAGACUAUGUCCUCACACCCACACCAAACUGACCAGAGAACCACAUGGGAGCCAGGCUUUGAGGCUGGUGAGAUUGUAGCUCCAUAUCCUUUUGAGCAUUUGCGUCCUCAUCUGUUCCACUUCUAUCCCCCACCCAUAAUGCACCGCUUCCCCAUCCCAAUGAUGCACCCUAGCAUGUCUGAUUUAAUCUAUCCUCACAUUCACAUCCCAUCUAGAAGAACAUUUGAAAGAACCUACGAGGAUCUGUGGCAUGUAGAGGGGCAGCUGGGGACUGUGAACCAAGGAGCCUCUCAGGGAACUAUAGACUGUUGCACUUAUUUGUACAAGUACAAGAAGAGAAAGCUGCACGGUAAGCAGGAUGUGGAGGAGGGCGCAAAGGAAGACACAGAGGAGAAAUGCACCAUCUGUCUGUCUAUACUGGAGGAAAGAGAGGACGUCAGGCGCCUCCCCUGUAUGCAUCUCUUCCAUCAGCUGUGUGUGGAUCAGUGGCUUCUUACUAACAAAAUGUGCCCCAUCUGUAGAGUGGACAUAGAGGCGCAGUUAUCCUCUGAAAGUUGAUGCUGUUUUUCUUAAGACUUUUUUGUUGUUGUACUGUUUUAUGUUUUGUUUUGUUUUCUCCAGUAACACAUUCAACCAAAGAUGGCAUGAAAUUACCUGUGCAGAGCCAAUACUGAAAAACAAAAUAAAAAGAAAAAAACUAACUGCCAGAUAUCAGAGUAUCAUAAUGCUAUAAAUUACAUUCCAUUGAGGCUUUCAAAUUUUAUUGUAUUUGUAAAGCUUUUAUGUAGCUUUUAAUUGUUUUACAAGUGUUUUUUAUUUUAUUUGCAUGAAUUCUUGCAAUGCAUUUCUUUAUACAUAUAAAUGACAAUGGGCCUGUCAGGCUUUACAGACUCGCAGGCAAGAAGAGCAGAUAGAACUGGAAUAGAAUAUCAAGAGCUGCUCUUGCUUUACUGGAUUAGAAUAUCAACCUCUAUUAUAAAACACUGCAGGACUAAUUUCAUCGAUCAGUAUAUUGAUUAGGUUAUGUUUUAGAAUGAUUGUUUUAGGUUCAAGUUAUUAUUUUUUUAAAGCGAAUCAACACAUUCCUUAAUCAGGAAGUGAGAUCAUGUUUGAGAUGGGCUCUUGUUAUCAGUGUUCACCUUCCCACAACGUUCAUCAUUGGGCCACAUGCUCGGAUGAUGAACUGUCACUGCUUGGUUCAGUGGGGAUCUCUGGCACAAACACACUCACCACGCAGCCUGGAGGAAUUUAUAGAACUGAGUAUUGAGUUCUUCCUGGAUUUUUUUUUUUAAAUUCCCAUUGUCUCUCAUCUCUUCACAUCUUGAAACAAAGUGACUCUUACAGGCUGAUUACUCUGUUCAGAUUAACACAAACUCAGAUUAACACACUCUCGUGAACGCAUUCCUAUUUCUCUCUCUAGAGCUGUGCAGCAAACUGUUUUAUGAUUCAUCUAUGUUUUCUAUCUAAUAUUAUUCUUAACUAGCUAACUUGCAUAUACUUGCACAUGAGAGACGUUAAAAAGUAUAUUUGCAGAGUGUUCAGAGGGGAAAAAAUGCACUCAUAGACCUAAUGAUCCCAGAGUGAUACACCUUGGGUUUUAUGUUAGUUUUAAAACAAUAAUAUUAAUAAAGUUAGGUAUCUCA